AUGAACAUCCCUCAGAUUACCAGCUCAAAACUAACUCGCUGAACAGAAAAAAUGAAACCUGUAAAUGCGCGUCAAAAUUGAAUAUAUAACGGCGACAUGAAGCAGGCGGAGCAUUCGAGUUCAUUUGAACAGCAUCCCGCGACUUCUUACUGUUUUGUGAUUCACAUUAUUGCCGUGGGUGUAACGUUUCAGGACAGUCUGCAAGGAGCAUGGCGCGGGAUUCCUGUAGCUGGCCUUGUCCUGGGCGGCCUGGGUAUAUGGCUGAGGCUGAGUUCAUUGACACGUGGACUGUUUGAUGUCAAUCUAGACACUAAGCAAUUUGUAAUUGCUAUCAUUCUGCUGAUUGCUGUUGGACUAACACUGUUGUGCUUCUCAAUUUCCUCAUUAUGUGGUGCAUGUGCUGAAUCUUUAGAGGGCAUCUAUGUUAUUGCUGAAAAUCUUGGUGAAUUUUACGCAGUGGUUUAUUUGAAAUAUUUGAACACCAGAGACCCCAGUCUGGCUAUCACUCUCAAGUUAUUCCACUAUAAGUAUGAUUGCUGUGGAGUUGCCGGGGGUGUUUUGGAACCUUUUAUUCAUGAAACGUGUCCGAUAAAAGGAAUAUGGGACCAAUUUACCACAAUGGCCUGUCCCCAACUCAUUCCGCAAAAAAUCAGCUCUUCUGGAGGAACCAUACUUUGUAUCUUCAUAGCAGUGGCUGCAUUCAUGGUGAUGACAGCAAUCUUCAAUGGCAUACUACUGACUGCAAUUAAAAAAAACAAGAAUCAAGUAUCCCAAGAGGCCUUGCCACUGCAUAUGCAGAUGAACAAUUUUUAAAGAGUGUCAUUUCGUACUUCUUUGUUUUUAUCUUCAACGUAGACCUGAUUAUAACACACUCUUCUGAUUGAACUUGUUAUAGCUACAGGAGAAGUUGCAGUGAUGUACCAGUAUUGACUUCUGAGGAUGGGCUUUUUGCGCUGUACAGGCAGCAGUCCUUGAUUUGUUCUGCUUAGCUAGAUGCCAAGAUCUAUGCAUAGUUUUAAUAGAAAAGGGAUGUUUGCAGCUUUCUUUUACAUAAUUUCUCUUUCAUUCAAGCCACUUCCUUCUCUUUAGUGAUACAUUUGAGCACAUCAGGCUUUGUGAAACCAUGUAGAUAUUACAUAGGACAUCUUUAAUAACGUAAUCGACAAACAUUCCACAUCAACAACAUCAAAACAUUCUAAAAAGGAGCACAAUGACUCGAUCUGAAAACUGAUCUUUCUGUCCUUGUUGUGGGCAGCUGUCACUGAGAGUUCCUCAGAGUUUUGUAGAUCCUUGUUUUUAGGAAUAUAUUUGUAAAUUAUAAGACAACAUGUGUUUAUGUCAGGUGGAUUUUGAGGGUCUAAGAAUAUUAUUAAUAUUGUUGUUAUUAAUAAUAAUUUAAAAGAAGAUUUUGCGCUAGACAAUUAAAAUUUUUCAAAAUUUUAGAAAUGUUCUAAGCCUUGGUGAUUUUUUUUUUUUUAUAUACAGUAAGUAAUGGCCAGUCUCCAUUAUUAUUGUGCCUAUAAAACAUAUUCACCCACUUGGAAUUUUU